UCUCACGAAGCCUCGAAACCACGGGAUGAGGGAAUAUUUGAAGCUUUGGGUUCGAACAACCGACUCGCCCGUGAAGUGCCUUCAAGCCUCGAGGAAAUUCCAGCUUCUCCCACGAGCGGCGAUGGUGCCCCUGGAAGCGACGCCGCCGCGCCCGCAGCCGGGUCCUCCGCCCGCGCCGCCCGCGCCGCCCGCCCACACGGAGCGCAUGGCGGACUCGUCGGUGGACACCCUCGUGACGACUACCGUGGCGCUGGUGCUGGCGCUGCUGGUGAUCGCCUACCUGUACCUGUGCUGCCACGUGUGGGGCCUCCACCUGCGCCUGCUCGCGCUCGUCAAGUGCGUCGGCAGGAGGGACCACGCAAGCCCGCGGUCGCAGCACCACGCCCACCGCUUCCCCGGCGGGCGGCCCUCCAUCUCCCUGCCCGUGCCGAGCGCCCACCACCGCCUGGCCGUUGAGACGCCGCCGCCCCGCUACUCGCUCGUCAACGGCUCCCUCCCCUCCUACAGCUGCGCCAUGCUGCGCACGAUGGCGGUGGUGGGCAGCCCCCUGCAGUUCCGCAUCCUGGUGCGCGUGGGCGCCAGCGACCUCUGUCGCCCAAAGGUCUCGUCGCCGAAGGGGUCGCAGCUCCGGCCGACGCCCAAGGACGCCCACGCGUUCUCGGCGAAGCUGCCCUUCCUCCCGCAGUUCGACGCAGCGUCGCUCGGGCCGUCGACGUCUUCGCCCGAGGCCGCCGUGUUCUUCGCCGAGUCGGACGACCACUGCUGCAUCGACUUCAACAACAACAUCCCCCUCGCCAGCCUCCACCCCGACGCCCUCUCCUCCUCCGGCGAGAGCGACGCGUCCUCCGGAGGCGACCGUGAGGGGAGCGUGGCGGACGACUCAAGGACGUCUGGAGGCGACCUGGGCGACGGACGCGGCCAGCAGGAUGUCAUCAAACCUGAAGUGCCCGACAAGUUCGUGAAGGUGGUGGUGCAGCGGGAGGGUCAGGAGGCCCAGCACUGCAUGUACGCCAGACGGACCUCUUCGUCGUGCUAUGAGGCCAGGUGGACCAUGAAGCCAGAGGACCUCACCGCCAACUACACUUUCCAGGUGUACUUGGAGGAGAAGCAGGAGGCGGACGUGUACCUGGAAAUGCUCAACGACGACGGUCUCAUCAUGGCCGUGGACCAGCUGUCUCCGGUCCCCUCGACGCGCCCCCCGGCCUAUCUCACGCCCGCGCCGCCAUAUACGUCCCCCCUCAUGGGAUGAUAUGCCUCAUACAUACAAACACGCAUGCAGGCGUACUUAUGCAGUGCACUGUACUGUGUGGGAUUACGAUGACGUUUACGUGUGGCUACGUCGUAGGUUUCAUAGGUUAUAGUAUAAAUUCUAUUUAUUUGUUUUAUUAAGCUGUUGACUCUUCAAUAUAGAUGGCAGAUAC